AGGUAGGAGAGUCAAGACUUCAUUUGUUUUGGCAGCGAGCUCGAGUCGGCCUUUUAACAGGGUUAUUACCCGGAAUAUAUAUCUUUACAAAGUUGUUGCUUUGUUUGUUUGUUUUAGUUGAAUGUAUUAGUGAUGGAUGUUUAAAGUCAUGAAGCUACAACAUAAAAUGGAAUAACAUCCAUUUUAUUUCCGUGUUUACACGCACCGGUAGAGUAGGUGGCGGCAUGCUCCUUUAACAGUGGUGCGUUGCACGCCCAUAAAACUUCAGAAGAAGAAGAGGAGCAGGAGAACAAGCAGCAGCCACCAUCACCACAUUGGACGGGUUUUCUUGAUACUUUUACAAGAACAAUUCAACCGUUUUACACAUUAUUUCCCAAACGGCAAAUAUGUCAUCGCCACUAGCAAAGCCUCAGAUUAUUGCGCAUUUUCAGAAGAGUUUGAACUACACAGUUUUUGACACUAAAUGGAUUCCCUGCAGCGCGAAGUUCGUCUGUAUGGGGAACUUUCCCAGAGGAACCGGAGUAAUGCAAAUAUAUGAAGUGGAGCACGGAGAUGCUCAGCUUAUCAAGGAGGUAGAGAAACCCAAACCCAUAAAGUGUGGAACAUUUGGGGCCACCUCUCUUCAACAAAGACACAUAGCAACUGGGGAUUUUGAAGGAAAUCUCAAUAUAUGGAAUCUGGAGAUGCCUGAAGUGCCAGUGUAUGCUGUUAAGGCCCACAAAGAGAUAGUGAAUAGCAUUGAUGCUGUUGGCGGCCUGGGGAUUGGUGAUGGUGCACCUGAGAUAGUCACUGGAAGCAGAGACGGGACAGUCAAGGUGUGGGAUCCCAGACAGAAGGAUUCACCUGUAGCCAACAUGGAGCCCAUGGAAGGAGAAACCAAGAGGGACUGCUGGACUGUUGCAUUUGGUCAUGCCUUCAACGAUCAGGACCGCUGUGUGUGUGCUGGCUACGACAACGGGGACAUCAAACUCUUUGACCUGCGGAAUAUGUCUCUCCGGUGGGAAACCAACAUUAAAAACGGGGUAUGCUGUGUGGAGUUUGACAGGAAAGACAUCAGCAUGAACAAGCUGGUGGCCACGUCACUGGAGGGAAAAUUCCACGUCUUUGACAUGAGGACCCAGCACCCCACCAAGGGCUUCGCCUCUGUUUCCGAAAAGGCUAAUAAAUCAACCAUCUGGCAGGUGAGACAUUUGCCUCAAAACAGAGACAUCUUUAUGACUGCGGGGGGUGCAGGCAACUUACAUCUAUGGAAAUACGAGUAUCCUGCUCAGAGAAGCAAGAAAGGCUCAGAUGACAUGGAUGUGGGCGUAGCUGGCUCCGUCAACCUCUUACAGAACGCCACUCUGUCCACUCAGCCGAUCGCCAGCCUGGACUGGAGCCCCGACAAGCAGGGCCUGUGUGUGUGUUCGGGCUUUGACCAGUCUGUCCGCGUGCUCAUUGUCACCAAACUCAACGUGGUUUGAUAAAGUAGACCACAACAAAGACUGAUGGUCAAGAUCUGUGCAGCUUAAAAAGAAAUCAGACCCAACUAUAGAGAUCCGCCAACAGUGUGUAAAUCGCUGCCUUAUUGUGAGGCUGAUUUGUUUUUUAUUAGAUGAUAACAGUUUCCUACUGUGGGUCUUGGCAGCUGUCUGUCUAGAUUUUGUACAAUUGAUACUUGUCUUUAGACUCAUCUUGCCAGAAAACCAUUUAACUCAAAUUAACUUGGAAAUCCUUGGUUGGAGUUAUGCCGUUUUGUCUCUGUUAAAUGCUGUCCCUGAAAAAUGUGUAGUGCUUGGCUGAGCCCAGCAGGCAAUGAAAAAAAAAAAUGUAGUGCAGAUAAAUACCUUUCCUGUAUUAUCAAAAUUCCUCUAUUGG